AGCAAAAUUCGUACCAAAUGUCCAAUCGUGAGGGUGGCAAGAAGAAGCCAUUGAAGGCACCCAAGAAGGAGGCCAAGGAUCUGGACGAGCAGGAUGUGGCCCACCGACAGAACCUAAAGGCGCAGCAGAAGGCCCUAGAGCUGGCCAAGCAGAAGCUCACACAAAAGUCCAACAAAAAGGCCAACAAAUGAUUCGUUUUUGGCUUGGCCCAGCCCGCAAUAAAUU